AUGUCCAACGACGAGUUCGCAACCUCGACUCCCGCCUCGGCCACUUCCAAGGCUCCCGUCGCGCCCCUCGCCCCCGUCUCGCGCGAGACCCGUCCAUCCAUUGUGGGCGGAGAUGAGCCUGAGCACCCCUACCCUAUGGAGCUGUUUGGUAGCGUGACCAAAGGCUUUGGUCGCGGUGCCAGGUUCCUUGGUAUCCCCACUGCCAACCUUCCCGACUCAUCCCUCGACCCCCUCAACGACCUGGGCAUGACGGGAAUCUACUACGGCUUCGCUCGCGUGCACCCUACCUUCUCCACCCCACUGCCGACGGCGGCCCCAACCCCGGCCCUCACCCCGCGCUCGGUGACUCCGUCCAGCUCGAACGCGGCUCUGAGGGAAACCCUCGUGGGUCACGUCAACGCCCAGGCUGCAAGCAUCAACGCCGCCCGUGCCGCUGGCCGUGAUGUUCCCGGGGGAAGCUACCACCCCAAGAACCCGCGUUCGCUCGCGUCCAACCCGCUCACGGCUGAGGCGAUCCAGAGCCUGCCCGCCCACACAGCCCCUUACCCUCCUGACUCCGUGCCGGCCACGCCUGGUGAGGGGGGCGAGGUCAAGGUUGUCCAGCGCCGUUUGCCUGAUGACGAUGGAAAGGUGUGGCCAAUGGUCAUGAGCGUCGGCUGGAACCCGUAUUUCAAGAACGAGAAGAUCACCGCGGAGGUCCACAUUAUGCACCCCUUCGCCCACGACUUCUACGGCCACGACAUGAGCGUCCUUAUUCUGGGAUAUAUUCGUCCCGAGCUCGACUACGUGUCCAAGGAUGCGCUCAUCGAGGACAUCCAGACCGACGUCAAGGUGGCCCUCGCCUCGCUCGCGCGUCCCGCAUACGCCGAGUACGCCACCAGCCCAUUCUUGACUGGAACCGUGUCAAAGUAG